AAAUUCACCGUCAUCCAUAGAUAGCAAGUCUCAAGCGCUCGAAUCUAAUUGGAGUAUUGUCGUGACCGUUCGUUCCCUUCCACUAUCGUGAAUAUUUGUUAUGACAAUUCGCCUGUCACAGUUCGGUUGCUAUCAAGAAAUAACCUCAAAGUACGAUGCGAAGGUGGAGGAGCAUUCGGAGUGAAGUGUAUUCGUUCGCUGUGUGAAUCAAUUCCUUCACUAAAUUUAAACUCGCUCAUUUCUCGACUCCUCUAAAAUGUCCGCAGGGUCCUAGUUCAAAGACGUCCUACAUCCCUAACACUGUCAGUGACUUUAUCGCGCUCGGUACCAAGGUCAACGAGUUUUUUUGCUCUUGGUGCGGAUACUCAUGUGCCAUUCCGGUUUCCUAAAUAAUACCCAACAAACACAAGCAAAUAGCUAAUCUUGCCAGUAGUACUAAAAUGACAUAAUGAAUUUCCUGCGGCCUGUCCUUUUGCGCAACGUGAAAUUAUUGAGUUGUCGGCAAUUCAGCAGUCGUAUUUUGAGUUCCAAUUGUCGUUAUCAUUAUGUAAACAAGCAAAAGGUGGUUGCAAACUCGUUAGUUGUAACUAGCUGUAGAGCAGUCAGCGAUAGUCAGAACCGAGGGACAACCUAUACAAGAGACUUGCAGUCAACACAAGUAGUAACACGUGCGAGUGUCCUGUCAGGAAUCCAAUCCUCCAUCGGGCCAUAUGCCAGGCUAAUGCGAUUGGACAGACCAAUUGGGUCAUGGUUACUGUAUUGGCCUUGCGCAUGGAGUAUAAGUCUCAGUGCACCAGCUGGCUGCUGGCCUGACCCUCUGAUGCUGGCUCUUUUUGGGGCCGGGGCAGUGAUAAUGCGAGGCGCUGGAUGUACCAUUAACGAUCUCUGGGACAAAGAUAUCGACUCCAAAGUGGAGCGAACUAAAUCAAGGCCGCUCGUUAGUGGCGAAGUUAGGCAGUUUGAUGCGGUUGUAUUUCUGUCGGCGCAACUGAGCUUAGGCCUCCUGGUGUUACUGCAACUGAAUUGGUACUCAAUACUACUGGGUGCCAGCUCGUUAGGUUUAGUUAUCACAUAUCCCUUGAUGAAACGGAUAACAUAUUGGCCCCAGUUAAUGUUGGGAAUGGCCUUCAACUGGGGAGCAUUACUGGGAUGGAGUGCAACGCAGGGUGAGGUCUCCUUGACGGCUUGCUUGCCGCUUUAUGUCGCAGGAAUUUGUUGGACAAUCGUUUAUGAUACGAUCUAUGCACAUCAGGACAAAACUGACGAUUUAUCUAUUGGCAUCAAAUCAACUGCUCUGAGGUUCGGCGAUAACACAAAAUUAUGGCUAUCUGGGUUUUCAGCAGCGAUGAUUUCAGGUUUAGUCACAUGCGGAGUAGUUUGUGAACAAACCUGGCCAUACUAUGCAGCUGUAGGGGUGGUGAGCGGCCAUUUGAUGCAGCAGAUAUAUUCAUUAAAUAUUGACAAUCCCUCCGAUUGCGCGAAAAAAUUUAUUUCAAAUCAUCAAGUUGGUUUGAUUUUAUUCUUGGGUAUAGUGCUGGGAACGCUUUUGAAGAAAAAGGAAGGUGAUAAAAACACUAAUACAACUUUAACGGGUACACAGCAGCCAUCACAUGUGAUUCAACUUACACCAGCAGAUAAAGUUCUAAACAAAUUUUAAUAAGUAGAAUUUAAGGAAGUUUAAAACAUGUGUAAGAGCUAUACGAAUUAAUUUAUACCAAAGGUUUUCUACCAUAAACGGGACGCUUACAUUGAAAUAAAUGCAAGUUGCAUUGUG